AGCAGCGGCUGCCUGGGCCCGGCGUCGCACCCUCGGCCGCCGAGGAGCUCAGCCCCGCCGAAUGACAGUGGGAGCCGAGGGACGGCAGCGCGGGGCUGCGGCUCCCCCCGCUCCCGUCCCACACCCCCGACGCGGGGCGGAACGCGCAGCGCGGGGCCGCGUUGCGCGGGGAAGAGUUGCGCGGCGGCACCGGCCCCGGCCGGCGGCUGAGGGGGGCGGGCCGCCAUGGCGGUGGAUAUCACCCUGCUGUUCAAGGCCAGCGUGAAGACCGUGAAGACCCGCAACAAGGCGCUGGGGGUGGCGGCGGGGGACAGCGCCAGGGACGAGCUGCUCAAGCGGAGCGCCGCCCGCUCCAAGAGCGACUUCACCAGCCGGGCCCGGGAGGUGAUUUCUCAUAUUGGAAAGCUGAAAGAUUUUCUUCUGCAACACAGAAAGGAUUACAUUAAUGCUUACAGCCAUAUUAUGUCUGAGUAUGUGAGGAUGACAGAUACAGAGCGUGAUCAGAUAGAUCAAGAUGCUCAGAUAUUUAUGAGGACGUGUGCCGAUGCCAUUCAUCAGCUGAGAACAGAAGCUCACAAGGGUGUCCAGUCUGCUCAGGUAAAGGAGCACAGAACAGCUGUCUUGGACUUCAUUGAAGACUACUUAAAAAGAGUGUGUAAGCUGUAUUCUGAACAAAGAGCCAUCCGAGUUAAGCGAGUGAUAGAUAAGAAGAGACUGUCCAGACUCGAACCUGAGCAGAGCAAUGUGUCCAGAGCACCCCUUUCCCAUGAAAAAUCCUCACAGAAUCCUUUAGAUGAUUCUGAAGAAAAGCUUUCUGCCGAGGAAAGCAAAGACAGGAAUCUGCCUGAUGCCCAAAGUAACCUUGGAUUAUGGGGGGACGGAAAAGGUGAGGAUGAGCUGUCACCUGAAGAAAUACAAAUGUUUGAACAGGAGAACCAGAGGCUCGUUGGUGAAAUGAAUAAUCUCUCCGAUGAAGUGAGACAAAUUGAAGGAAAAGUGGUGGAAAUCUCCAGACUACAAGAGAUAUUCACCGAGAAAGUCUUGCAGCAGGAAACUGAGAUUGACAACAUCCAUCAGCUAGUUGUGGGUGCAACAGAGAAUAUCAAAGAAGGCAACGAAGACAUAAGAGAGGCCAUCAAAAACAACGCUGGAUUUAGAGUAUGGAUCCUGUUCUUCCUUGUGAUGUGCUCAUUUUCCUUGCUUUUCCUGGACUGGUACGAUAACUAAUUAAAAUAUAAUACUGUCUACAUGCUUUGUAAAACUUCUGACAUUGUUUUCAAUAGAGCGGGGUACACAGCACACCUGUGUAUUUUAUGCACUUUUUCAUACUGCUAGGAUGGAAAUCUUUUCCAGUAUAUAAGCAUGUGUAUAUAUCUAUUAGUGCAGAGGGAGCUGACAGCAUUCAUCUUAAAUCCCUUUAUCAAACAUAAACCCACAUUUAAUCCUGCAAAGAACACAGAAACCUUUGAAAGAGCUGGUAAGAAAGCUGCAAGCUGGAGUACAGCUAACGGAAGAAAAGAAAAGUUUUAUCAUAGUCACCCACACAUCUGUGAUGUCUGAAGUCCAGCUCCUGGUGUGCAGACCAGAUCAAGAGAGAACUGUUACUGUGCAAAAGCAUCUACACUGUCUCAGGCUUUUAUUUAAUCAUGCCACUUCAGUACACAGUGAUCAUUUUGCACAUGUAUGACCUCUACUUCUACUCCUUUGAAACUACUCGAGUCAGAGAUCAGGUUGAUCUAAUAGUAAUAAUAAUAAGUUGUCAACUAAAGAGCUUUACUUCUAGGUGAAAAGAGAGAGUACAACACCAACAGAUUGUGCAGUGAAACAGACGUUCAGGGAUGUCUGAGCAAAGCCGAAGGGUAGACAAUAUUAAAGCCAAACUCUUCAAAAUACUAAAAUUAGGAGCGAUUUGUUAAGUAAAUUAAAAAGUCUCAAAACCAACUGUAGAUAAGGAUCAACUUAUCCUUACAACCUUACUUACAACCUGUUAAAUUGGAGGAAAAAAAGGUUUUGACUUUAAGAAGCAUGAGCAAUCUGUUUCUCCUAGAUCAUAAAGCUUAGUACUUUUUAAUGUUUGUUAGUAUGGGAGAGAGAAGUAAGUUUUUUCUCAUCAGUAUUUCCUUGUGCAGUAAAGUUUUUAUUGUCCUAAAUUUAAGGGGAAGAGAUGUAUCAUGAAUCAUUUCUAUGUAGGACAGUCUUGGGGAACAAUUCUUUCCAUCUUGUAAAAUCUGAAUGCCCUCUGUAAAUAUGUUGAUAUGAAAUGUGUGUGUUGCUGUCUUUCUUCUGAACUGUACAUUUCCAUACAUUAUAUGCAACAACCACCAUCUUUAUUCUUUACUCUGCACAGAGUGAAAAUGUCAAAAGUUACACAUGAAUUAACUGCAUCCAAUAAAGCAUAUGCCUGUUAGAAAAUGCAAA